UGGGGAGGGGCUUCCGGAGGCCCCGCCCCCGCCGCCAUGCGGCCCACAGGGACAGCUCUCUGGCUGCGCCUGGCCUUGGCCCUGGGCCUGGCCCUCGUUGGCCCCCUGGCUGUGGGGUGGGCUUCGGCCCGGGCCCCCAUCUAUGUCAGCAGCUGGGCCGUGCGGGUGUCCCAGGGUUACCAGGAGGCCGAGCGCCUGGCGCGCAAAUUCGGCUUCGUUAACCUGGGGCAGAUCUUCUCGGACGGGGAAUACUUCCACCUGCGGCACCGGGGCGUGGUCCAGCAGUCCCUGAGCCCCCACUGGGGCCACCGCCUGCGGCUGAAGAAAGACCCCAAGGUGCAGUGGUUCCAGCAGCAGACUCUGCGGCGGCGGGUAAAACGCUCCUUGGUGAUGCCCACAGACCCCUGGUUCCCACGGCAGUGGUACAUGAACAACGAGGUGCAGCCGGACCUGAACAUCCAGCAGGUCUGGGGCCAGGGACUGUCGGGCCAGGGCAUCGUAGUGUCUGUCUUGGACGACGGCAUCGAGAAGGACCACCCAGACCUAUGGGCCAACUACGACCCCCUGGCCAGCUACGACUUCAACGACUACGACCCAGACCCCCAGCCGCGAUACACACCCAGUAAUGAGAACCGGCACGGGACCCGCUGUGCUGGGGAGGUGGCCGCGAUGGCCAACAACAGGUUCUGCGGCACCGGAGUGGCCUACAACGCCCGAAUCGGAGGCGUGCGCAUGCUGGACGGCACCAUCACCGACGUCAUCGAGGCCCAGUCGCUGAGCCUGCAGCCGCAGCACAUCCACAUCUACAGCGCCAGCUGGGGCCCCGAGGACGACGGGCGCACGGUGGACGGCCCCGGCGUGCUCACCCGCGAGGCCUUCCGGCGCGGCGUGACCCAGGGCCGCGGCGGGCGGGGCACGCUCUUCGUCUGGGCGUCGGGCAACGGCGGGCUGCACUACGACAACUGCAACUGCGACGGCUACACCAACAGCAUCCACACGCUCUCGGUGGGCAGCGCCACCCGGCGCGGCCGCGUGCCCUGGUACAGCGAGGCCUGCGCCUCCACGCUCACCACCACCUACAGCAGCGGCGCGGCUCCGGACCCGCAGAUCGUCACCACGGACCUGCACCACCAGUGCACGGACAAGCACACGGGCACCUCGGCCUCAGCGCCGCUGGCCGCGGGCAUAAUCGCCCUGGCUCUGGAGGCCAACCCGUUCCUGACCUGGAGGGACAUGCAGCACCUCGUGGUCCGUGCAUCCAGGCCAGCACAACUCCAGGCCGAGGACUGGACGACCAAUGGCGUGGGGCGCCAAGUGAGCCACCACUAUGGCUACGGGCUGCUGGACGCCGGGCAGCUGGUGGACAUGGCCCGCACGUGGCUGCCCACAAGGCCCCAGCAGAAGUGCGCCAUCCAGAUCGUGCACACAUCCACCAGGCCAGCAGGAGGGGCCCUCACCCACCACACUGCCCCCAGCCCCAUCCUGCCGCUGCUGCGCGUGGGGAAGAACUUGUCGGCCUGCGCCGGCCUCGCCAACCACAUUCGCUCGCUGGAGCACGUGCAGGUGCAGCUGUCGCUGUCCUACAGCCGCCGUGGGGACCUGGAGAUCUCGCUCACCAGCCCCAUGGGCACCCGCUCCACACUCGUGGCCAUCAGACCCUUGGAUGUCAGCAGCCAAGGCUACAACAACUGGAUCUUCAUGUCCACCCACUUCUGGGACGAGGACCCACAAGGCUUGUGGAUCCUGGGUCUGCAAAACAAGGGCUACUAUUUCAACACGGGGAUGCUGUACCACUACACGCUGCUGCUAUACGGGACCACCGAGGACAUGAUGGCGCGGGCCCCCAGCCCCCAGAAUGCCACAGCCCCGCCUACCUCCUGGGCCACCUCUGCGUCGCCGACUGCCCUCCACGCUACUUCCACCACACACGGCAGGCAGUGACCGCCGGGCCCGGGCGCCCCGCCACGCCCGCCUUGCGCGUCUGCUCCGCCUGCCACCCGAGCUGCGACACGUGCCGCGGCGGUUCCCCGCUCGACUGCACCGCCUGCCCCCCGCGCUCCGUGCUGGACGAGCUUCGGGGCUCCUGCUCGCG